AUGGCUGAUGAAAAGCCCAAGGAAAGAAUCAAGAUGGAGAACAAUGAUUGUAUUAAUUUGAAGGUGGCAGGGCAGGAUGGCUCCGUGGUGCAGUUUAAUAUUAAGAGGCAUGCACCAUUUAGUAAACUAAUGAAAGCCUACUGUGGACAGGGUUUGUCAGUGAGGCAGAUCAGGUCCCAAUUUGAUGGGCAGCCAAUCAAUGAAACAGACACACCUGCACAGCUGGAAGUAGAGGAUGAAGAUGCAAUUGAUGUGUUCCAACAGCAGACAGGAGGUCUUCCUGAAAAUUCUAUUUGA